CAUAUAACCUAUCUAAGGAAUGAAAAGCUGGAUUGUACUGCUGGCUAUUGUGGUCAGCACAGCAGAAACCCAGAGCCAGGACGUCUGCACCCAAGGGUAUCCUGGCAUCCCUGGCAAUCCCGGGCACAAUGGCAUACCUGGUCGGGAUGGACGUGACGGGGCAAAAGGAGACAAGGGAGAUAAAGGUGAAUCAGGAAUUCCUGGAAGUCCAGGAAAAGAUGGUGUCAAUGGAGAGAAAGGUGAACGAGGAACCAAUGGGACUGUUGAAGAGAAGGGGAACAAAGGAGAUAAAGGAGAAAGAGGACCACCUGGGAAACUGGGACCAAAAGGAUUUAUAGGAUCAGUGGGUUACAAAGGUCAGAAGGGAGAGCUGGGGCUGCAAGGACAAAAGGGUUUAAAAGGAGACAUUGGACCCAUAGGUCCAAAAGGGACAAAGGGUGAAAUUGGCCAUCCUGGAAGAGUUGGUUUCCCAGGGCCGAUUGGCCCGAUUGGUAAUCCCGGUCCUAAAGGCAAUACUGGAGGUAUAGGGCCACAGGGUAACCCAGGAGUUCAGGGGGAAAGAGGCUUGAAAGGAGACCGAGGAGACAAGGGGGAGGUAGGAGCCCCGGGAGUCCUGCCAAGGAGCGCUUUCAGUGUCGGCCUUACAGCCAACACCAAGUUUCCCCCUCCGAAUCGCCCGAUCAAGUUUGACAAGGUGCUGUAUAACAGUCUGAAUGACUUCAGCUCGGCUACUGGCAAGUUCACCUGCAAACACCCCGGCGUUUACUAUUUCACCUACCACAUCACUGUCUACUCGAGGAACGUGCGAGUAGCUCUUGUGAAGAACGGCAUCAAGAUGCUGCACACGGUGGACAGGUACCAGAGCGGGGAGGACCAGGCCUCGGGAGCCGCCAUCCUCGAGCUGCAGGGAGGAGACGAGGUGUGGCUGCAGGCCCACCAAGGAGAGGCUUUCAAUGGACUCUAUGCAGAUGGUGAUGAUGAUACCACCUUCUCUGGGUUCCUCCUGUUCAGCACCGCUGACCCACUGGAGCCACUGCUGCUGCACAGCCCAUAGCUCUGUGUUAUCCCCGAAUGCUGCGUGCCUGAGCCCUCCAGCCCUCCCUGAGAAAGCUGUUACCUGCUGGGAAAUUUCUGCUGGAUUCAAGAGAAAACACUUGAUUUCAGGAACAGCUUCUGCACAAGAGAGGACAAGAGACUACAGUGCUGGGCUUAACAUUAGUGGUUUGGUGACUUACUGUAGGCAUUCACAGGGGUGUGUACCCCAGUACUGAAGAACAAAUUUCAGAGCAAAGUGAAAUAAAAGACAAAA